AGACCAGCAAAUACAAACUACCCUUGCUCGAGAUUGUUGGCCUGACCUCCACGGAUAAAACAUACUCAAUAGCAUUCUGUUACAUUGGCAGUGAGACCACAGAUGACUACAUUUGGGCAUUGGAGUGUAUGAAGUCUCUGAUUUCCGACCAAUCCAGGUUGCCUAGAGUGAUUGUGACGGACAGAGAUCUUGCCUUAUUGAGUGCUGCUUCACAAAGCCUUCCCACCACCACCCAUUUACUAUGCUUGUGGCACAUCAACAAGUGUGUUUUGGCAAAGUGCAAAGAGUAUGUUGGCACGGAUGAUUUUGCUCAAGAGGUUAUGGACAAGUGGGCCGAAUUGGUAGAUGCUCCAACAGUUCCAGAAUUUGAAGCUCAUUGGAUUGAAUUGUUUAACAUGUGCAAGCAUAAACACAAGUUGAAAUUUGCCACUUAUUGUUCUACUACAUGGUUGGUCCACAAGCAGAAAUUUGCCAAGGCAUGGACAAAUCAUGUGAUGCAUUUUGGAACAACAACAAGUAACAGGGCUGAAGGUGCACAUGCCAGCUUGAAGUUGAUGUUGCGGAACAGUAAGGGUGACCUGGCCACAUCAUGGGAUGCGUCGCAUAGUUUGACCACCAAUCGUCACACUGAGAUAGUAGCAUCGUUUGAGCGCAGUAUGAAUAAAAUUGAUCACCUUUUCAAGACCCCUUUCUACACAAAUAUUAGGGGAUUUGUGUCAAUCAAAUGCCUGAAACUCAUUGAUGCUGAACUGACAAGAAUGCGCGCCUGCGGCGGCAGAUGCGAUUGCUUAUUGAGAGAGACUCAUGGACUACCUUGCGGUUGUCAACUUGCAGAUUAUGAGAGGAUUCCGUACGAGGCCAUUCAUCCAUUCUGGAAGAGCCUAAGUUGGGAGCAUGUACCUGUUGCAGAUACUGGCAGCUCAGAUAUUUGCGGACUAAACCAUGGAGAGAUGCACCCAGAAGUUGAGGCACUGACACGUUAUUUCCAUUCUUUGGAUACUGGAGAGCAGAGUAUGGUAAGGAGGAAGCUUCAGGCGAUAUAUUGUCCUGAAAGGAGUACACUAUGUACUCCUGAGCUUCGGAUAAAGUCCAACCGCACUGCUAAGUUGAAGGAGAGCAAACAACCCAAGGGUCGAGCAAUAGGAUCCUUGACUCGUGAUCCUUCAGCGUUUGAACUUACUGACAAGAAGAUUAAAGAGGAAAAGAAGUCUUCACAACCAGCAAAGAGGAAGAAGCGUGUGAAGAAGUCUGAUACAAGCCAUUUCAUGUGUAACUUUCCAGCCUUUCUCCAUCCAUAUAUUGACACAGUUACAGAUGUUGAGGAUGAUGGUAACUGUGGCUAUAGAUCCAUUGCUGCAUUACUGGGGCAUUCCGCCGGUCAGGACGGUUGGCCUUGGGUUAGGGCUUCAUUGAUACAAGAACUUGAGACCAAUGUGUUAAUGUAUAAUAGGAUGUGGGGCACAGAUGUUGUUUAUGGCUUACAUGAUCGUCUCACUCUUCCUAUUGGUGACCCGGUCACCCCUGACAAAUGGUUUCAACUGCCAGAGAUGGGAUACCUUGUUGCCACAAAGUACCAAUUGGUUCUCGUAUCCUUAUCCUCUAUGGGUUGUAACACAUACUUUCCACUGAUAGGAGUCGGCCUACGAGAUGAGCAUACUGUUAUAGCUAUUGGACAUGUGAUAAAUCACUGGGUACAGGUAUAUUUUGACCAAAUACACUAAUAUUUUAGUUGCCUACUAGCUUGUCGAUUAAUUUUUGUAUGUGGAAGUUAUCUAAUUUUAUGGUUAUUCUCUAAAAUGCAGCUCCAAUUAACUCCUGGACAUCCUAUGCCGACUAUUGCUCCCCAGUGGGAUUGGCACGCUGAUCUUGCCUCCAAAUACUGGCGCAACCUAUAUGGUCCACGUUUAGGCAUGUAUGAUGCACAAUUCCAAGUUUGGCUUGGUGCUUUUAGUGGUCAUGCGGACUAUGUGGACAUCACCACAGAUUGAAUGUUCUUGUAUUGUGUAAUAUUAAUUUGUAAACUCUCUGUAAUUUGGUAGAAUGUGGACCUUAUCACAGGUUGUUG